AAGAGGUCACCUUCCAAGACAUCAAUGACGGCACGGCAACAAACAAAACAGAGUAUCGAAAGAUUGAGUUUUGUCGGAAGCAAGCCGCCGCCGAUGGCUUGCAGUACUUCUGGGUGGACACUUGUUGCAUCAACAAAUCCGAUCUUAGCGAGCUUUCAGAAGCAAUCAACUCCAUGUUUCGAUGGUAUCAAAACGCGGCCCAUUGUUAUGUUUACUUAGUAGAGGUAUCUGAUGAAGCUGAUCAGUCUGCCGCGUCAUGGCAGGUGCAGUUUCAGCAGAGCAUAUGGUUCCGUCGAGGUUGGACACUUCAAGAGCUUCUUGCCCCUGCAUCGGUCAAGUUUUUUUUCGGUCAAUGGCGCAUUUCUGGGCGAUAAGACAUCUCUGGAGAACGAGAUCCAUGGCGUCACCAAGAUCAAGAUUCCUGCACUUCGUGGAAACCCACUUGACCAUUUUUCCAUCCACGAGCGGAUGAAUUGGGCUGUUAACCGCCGAACGACUAAAGAAGAGGACGCAGCCUAUUGUCUGCUGGGCAUAUUCGAUGUAUAUAUUCCAUUGAUAUACGGUGAAGGAAUGUCCAACGCGACCAGUCGUCUGUUAGAGGCAAUCGAUAAGCGCAGUGGCACCCCUAACGUUUCAUGUCGUCCUCAGAAAAGAUACCACCUGGCACCAGAAGCGAGCCCAGAAGCUCACCUUGUCGUCCCCUUCGGACAAAACGAUGAGUUCGUUGGUAGAGAGUCCAUCCUUACAGAGCUUGUCGACAAGAUCCUUCCGAGGUCAAACAAUAACGAUUGCCAGCGAACGGUGCUCGAAGGGCUUGGCGGCGUCGGCAAGACACAGAUCGCACUCGAAGCCGUAUACCGUGUUCGCGAUCAGGACCCGACCUGUUCUGUCUUCUGGGUUCCCGCCGUUACACUAGUAACGUUUGAAAACGCCUACCGGGAGAUUGGUGAAGUGCUAGGAACGUCUGGCAUGGACAACGACAAGGCGGACAUCAAGGCACUAGUAAGGAGAGCUCUUGAGAAGAGCGUCACAAACUGGCUUUUGAUCAUUGACAAUAUUGAUAAUAUUGGCUUAUUAGUCGAAGGAGGCCUACAAGACUGCAUCCCAUUUAAUCGAAAGGGAUCAAUUUUGUUCACGACGCGUAACCACGAAGUGGCUGUGAGGCUUGAUAUUUUUAAGAAGCAUACCUUUUUAGUCAACGACAUGAGGGAAGAAGAGGCGCUUGAACUGCUGCAGAACGGACUGGAGGAACGACAGUAUCGAGACACCCAAGCCACCAAAGACCUUAUCGAGCAAUUAGUGUGUCUGCCCCUCGCCAUCAAGCAGGCGUCUGCCUAUAUGGCACGAACACGCAUCACGACCGUCAGAUAUCUCGAGCUUUGUCGUACAUCUGACGACACCCAGAUAAGGCUUUUGAGCACGGACUUUGAAGAGCGGCGGCGGUACUCGAAGGAUACAAACCCUAUCACUAUGACAUGGCUAAUCUCGUUUCAGCAUCUAGCUCAGUCCUGCCUACUAGCAGUAGACUACCUGAAGUUUAUUUGCUUGCUUGCUGAGAAGGAUAUCAUGUUUUCUCUGUUACAACCCGGAGAAGAUGAGCAAGCAAAGGACGAAGCCGUUGGGGUUUUAGAGGGAUACGCAUUUAUCUCCGUACGAGAGCAUGGCGACUCAUUUGAUAUACACCGGUUAGUACGACUAGCAACACGAAACUGGAUUAAGAAUGAGUGGGAGGCGUGUUGCACGAGAGUAAUACAACAGCUUGCCAAGGUAUAUCCAGUCCCAAAGCAUGAGAAUCGACAGGUAUGGAUGAGGUAUAUGCCGCAUGCUAUAGUGACUAUAGAACUGUACCAUAAGUGCACAGACAAAGUAAUAGCAGCCGAUUUUCUUUUUGUUGUUGCAGAUAGUUAUGAUGAGGUUGGGAAAUACGACGAAGCGGAGCAGAUACAUCGACAGGCACUCGAGCUAAAGAAGUCGGUACUAGGUGUUAAGCAUCCGUCGACACUAGAUAGCAUGAACAACCUGGCUCUUGUGCUUAGACGUCUAGGGAGGUACGACGAAGCGGAGCAGAUGCAUCGACAGACACUCGAGAUAAGGAAGUCAGGAUUGGGUCUUGAGCAUCCGUCGACACUAAAUAGCAUGAACAACCUGGGUCUUGUGCUCGAUAAUCUCGGGAGGUAUGACGAAGCGGAGCAGAUGCAUCGACAGGCACUCGAGCUAAAGAAUUCGGUGCUAGGUCUUGAGCAUCCGUCGACGUUGUCUAGCAUGAACAACCUUGCUCUUGUGCUUAGAUGUCUAGGGAGGUACGACGAAGCGGAGCAGAUGCAUCGACAGGAAUUAGAGCUAACGAAGUCGGUAUUUGGUCUUGAGCAUCCGUUGACACUAGAUAGCAUGAACAACUUGGCUCUUGUGCUCGAUAGUCUAGGGAGGUACGAUGAAGCGGAGCAGAUACAUCGACAGGAAUUAGAGCUAACGAAGUCGGGAUUGGGUCUUGAGCAUCCGUCGACAUUGUCUAGCAUGAACAACCUGGGUCUUGUGCUCGUUAAUCUAGGGAGGCACGACGAAGCGAAGCAGAUACAUCGACAGACACUUGAGAUGAGGAAGUCGGUGCUCGGUCCAGACCACCCUUCAACCAUCCAGAGCCAUAACAAUCUACAGGAUUUAUUAGAUUCUCUCAAUGUCGGAAAUGAAGACUUUUCGAUAACAGGUUCUGACGAGUCAGAGGGCAAAGGUGGUGCGAUAUUAUAAAUGCUUAUAGCUGUGGACGUAAAUAAUUCGAAUCGAAAUGAUAUUACCUCUAUAAAGCCACA